GGAGCCGCCGCCGCCAUGGGCCGCCCCCCGCCGCUCCGCCUGCUCCUCGUCCUCGCCGCCCUCCUGCCGCCUCCCGGGGCCCGCCGUGCCCCCCCUGCCAGCCCCCCGUGUGCUGCCUCGCGUCAGGCCGCCUGCGGGGCUGGCUGCAUCCCCGUGCCCUGGCUCUGCGACGGAGAGCGGCAGUGUCCCGACGGGACGGACGAGAUCUGCGAUGCUCCCUGUGGCGGGGACCCCCACGCGUGGCAGUGUGACGAUGGCCGGUGUGUUUCCAGCAGCUGGCGUUGCGACGGCGCUGCCGACUGCCUGGAUGGCUCUGACGAGCAGGACUGCGUGUGUGGGGCGAAGAAGCUGCAGUGUCCCGGCACUCACCACUGCAUCCCGCACUGGGAGCUCUGCGACCGGCACCAGGACUGCGAGGACGGCUGGGACGAGGAGGGCUGUCCCCAGCAGCCCUGCCUGCCCGGGCAGUGGCAGUGCAGGAACAGGGUGUGCAUCAUGGCCGAGUGGAAGUGCAACGGGGUCGACGACUGUGGCGAUUCCUCGGAUGAAGAUGUCUGCGCCCCCUGCCCAGCUGGCAUGGUGAGGUGCGACGAGGGGAAGUGCAUCCUGGAGUCUCUGAUGUGCAACGAUGAGGAUGACUGCCUGGACGGCACCGAUGAGCCCAGCACGUGUGGACGGAGCUGCUUUGUGCGCAACGGGGGCUGUGCGGAGACGUGUGCUGACACCCACUGGGGCGUGCAGUGCUCGUGCGGGGCCGGCUGGGUGCUGCAGGCUGACGGGCAGAGCUGUGCCGAUGUAGACGAGUGCUCCUUGGAGUACAGCCCCUGCAGUCAGCUGUGUAGGAACACCCCGGGCGCUUUCAGCUGCUCCUGCCUCGAGGGCUAUACGCUGCGCCACGGCACCAUCUGCGAAGUGGCAGACAACUCGACGCAGCUCCUGGUGGCCGUUGGGGAGGACCUGGCUCUUCUGGACGUGCGGACUCAGGCUUACCGUCCUCUGCUCUCCACUGAGACUGAGCCCCGUGCCCUGGUGUACGACUUGCUCCGGGAAACCUACUACUGGCUGACAGAAGAGGGCGAGCUCUGCGCCCACCACCCGGGGAAGGGUGCACAGCUUCUCUACGCAGAUGCUGGGGAGGUGAACAGCAUCUCCGUGGACUGGUUCACAGGGCAGCUGUACUGGGCCAGCAGCCACCCUGCGGCCGUCUGUGCGGGGCUGGGUGACGGCCGGGGUUACGUGACGGUGCUGGGGAAGGAUGUGGCCCCCGAACAGCUGACGGUGUAUCCAGCUGCAAGGUCCAUGUACUGGGUCAACCGUGGGCAGAGGGGCCGGACAGUCAUCGCUGCAGCUGGCAUGGAUGGCUCAAACCGCCGGGAGCUCACGGUGGUGUCCAUGGAGGAGCCUGUGGGGCUGAGCCUGGACCACGUGGCCGGCAGGCUGUACUGGAUCAGCGAGUACAAGGAGUCCAUCGAGACGCUGCAGGUGGAUGGCAGUGGGCGCCACUCCUUUCCCUCCGUCCUGCGGAGCCACACGGAGCCGCUGGGCCUGGCUGUGUUCGAGAGCCGGUUCUUCUGGGCCGAUGGCACCGAGCUGGUGUCCGCCAGCCGGGCCUCUCCCCAGGAGCACGCUGUGCUGCUCCGGGCCCCGGUCUCGGCUUUCACUGUGCUGCACGUGCUGCAGCAGCCACCACGGGAUACCGCUGCUUGUGCUCCGGGCCUGUGCAGUCACCUUUGCCUCCUGUCCCCUGUGCACCCUCGGGGCUACAAGUGUGCCUGUCCGGAGGGCCUCUACCUCCUGCCCUCAGGGAAGUGUGCAGAGCUGUCCAUCGCGUACUCCUCAGGGACGGCCAUCUCCCUGGUGCAGGUGGGCCCCGGGCCACGCAGCCGACGAGUGCAGGAGUGGCGGGAGCCCCUCCACCUGCAGGACGUGGACUGGCAGAGGUCGGUGCUCUACGGGACAGAUGACAGGGGGACGCUGCUGCGUGUUGUGGGGCACCCUGGGAGGAGAGAAACCAUCGUCACCAGGCUGCCAGUCUGCUCCGCCCGCGUGGACAUCCGCUCAGGGAACCUGUACUGGCUGGCGUGUAACCGGAGGGACAUCGGGGUGACCCAGGCGCCUGACAUGACCCCGCACAUCCUGCACCGUGCUCGCAGCAGCAUCCAGCACCUCUUCUUGGACUGGCAGCGGGGGGCUCUGUACUGGCUGGCUCGUGGGCAGCCCCUGCAGCAGCUCAGCCUGGCUGGGGGCGACCCGCGGGAUGCCUGGAACGAGACGUGGCCUGGAGAGCUGCCCGUGGCCAUGGAUAGCAGGGCCUUCAGCCUGCUCUGGAGCUCAGCCCUGGGCCUGAGGGCACUGAGCCUGACCAAACGGCAAGCAGUCACCCUGGCACCCAGCUGGCCCCAUGGUCUCGUGGCUGCCUUCGAGCCGUACCUGGUGUCCGUUAACAAGACGGCUCUGCUGCUCUGGGACCGGAGGACGCUGGCCCUCGUGCUGUCUGUGCCAGCAGAAGGCGUGCAGGGAGCGGUGGCCUUCGUGGACUUGGAGUUGCCUGCAGUGCCUGCGCCAGUGCCAACAAGCAAAGGGCCUGCGCUGCCACUCCAUCCACCCGUGACCACUACGUCGAGGACAAGCACGGCCACUGCUUCAAGGGCAAGCCCAACCACCACAUCCGCUUGGCCCCCCACCUCCACCACACGACCUCCACCACGCAAGACCACCACUGCGCCCACCACCACGGCACCAACCAGCAAGGCCACCACAGCACCAACCACCACCAGCCAGUCCACGCCAACCAAAACCACCCCUGCACCAACCACCGCCACCACCAGCCGGUCCACCCCAACCACGACCUCUGCGCCGGCCACCACCCAGGCCGCUCCACCCAAGACCACCACGAGCACCGCCACCGUGAGCACCGCCGCCACCGCUCGGUCUGUGCCAACCAAGCCCGCUGCCCCACGGCUAACGACGACCACGCAGCACCCAACCAUCCCUGCACGGGUGGAGCCCACCGUCCCACCCGCCCAGCCCAGCCCCGCACGCCCCCUCACCGCGGUCCCCCGUCUCUCCUGCCCUCGCACACACGUGCCCUGCCGUGACGGCACCGAGUGCGUGGCCCAGGAGUACGUGUGUGACGGAGAGAAGGACUGUGCGGACGGCUCUGACGAGGACGGCUGUGCCCAGCUCUGCGACACCCCAGGGGCCUUCCGCUGCGUGAGCGGCGCCGUGUGCGUCGGGGCUGGCGAGCGCUGCGACGGGGUGCCGCAGUGCCCCGACGCCUCGGACGAGGCGGGCUGCUGGAGCCCCACGCAGGACUGCGCCCUGCGCUGUGACGCUGCCACCCGCUGCGUCCCCGAGAGCUGGCUGUGCGACGGCCACGCCGACUGCCUGGACCGUGCCGACGAGCAGCACUGCGCGCCCAAGGAGUGCAGCCCAGCCGAGUUCUCCUGCCGCAGCGGGCAGUGCGUGGCCGGGUCCCUGCGCUGCGACGGGGACCGUGACUGCCGGGACGGAUCGGACGAGGAGGGCUGUGCCGUGCCACGGCCCCUGCUGUGCCGCGCGGGCGAGGUGGCGUGUCCCCACAGCAGGCAGUGCGUGCCAGAGGCCUGGCGCUGCGACGGGGCCGCCGACUGCGAGGACGGCACGGAUGAGCAGGGCUGUCCCAGGGAGGAAGGGCUGUGCCGUGACCAGCAGUGGGGCUGCUCCCGGGGCCACGAGUGCAUCCCCAACGCCUGGCGGUGCGACGGAGAGGCUGACUGCACGGACGGCAGCGACGAGGCCGGCUGCCAGCCCGCUCCGUGUCCGAGCCAUGAGUACCCCUGCGGGCUGGGGGUCUGCCUGAACGUAUCCCUGGUGUGCAGCGGGCAGCAGGACUGCGUGAACGGCUCGGAUGAGGGGGGGAACUGCUCCCUGCCCUGCCAGCUACGCUGCUCACAACUCUGCCACCCCUCACCCCAGGGCCCUCGGUGCUGGUGUGCCCCAGGCUAUCGGCUGGCCGAGGAUGGCCUGACCUGCGUGGACGUAGAUGAGUGCACGGAGCAGGGUGAGCGAGCCUGCAGCCAGACCUGCCUCAAUGCCCCGGGGUCCUACAGCUGCGGCUGCCUCACUGGCUACCUGCUGGAGCCCGACGGCCGCGUCUGCAAGCUGAGUGGACCAGAGCCCACGUUGCUGGUGGCCGUGCAAUCAGAGGUGCUGUCCUACGGCCUGCGGAGCGGGCGUGAGGAGGUGCUGCUGGCCACUGACAAGGAGCGCAUCGUCUUCUCGCUCGACUAUGACCCGGCAGAGAGGAAAGUUUUCUGGAUGGACCUGGCCACAGAGAGCAUCUGCUGGCAGGGCCUCGACUCGGGCAAGAAGGGCACGUUGGUGAAAGGUGUGAGAUCAGACUGUAUCGCUGUGGACUGGCUCGGGAGGAACCUGUACUGGACGGACGGGGCAGCAGGGCAGGUGCUGGCCACUCGUCUGGGGGCUGCCUGGCGAGGGAAACCAGAGUACACCGUGGUGCUGGAUGGAGACAUGGACCAGCCCCACUCCCUGGUGCUCCAGCCUCUGGCAGGGAUGCUGUACUGGUCAGAGGUGGGCAGCCUCCCCCGCCUGAUGGAGGCCACCAUGGACGGGAGCCGGCGGCACGUGCUGCUGGCGCAGGGGCUGGGCUGGCCCACAGCACUGGCCCUUGACCUCCCCGCCUCAAGGAUCUUCUGGCUGGAUGAGAAACUGAGCAGCGUGGGUUCUGCACGUCUGGACGGCACUGACGUGAAGGUGCUGCAGCUGGGCUGGGUCCGGAGCCCUUUUGCAGCAGCAGUGUGCGAGGGGCAGCUCUACUGGUCAGAGGGGAAGACGUGGUCGGUGCAGCAGGUGGACAAGGCUACUGGCAAGAACAGGACCGUGCUGCUCAAGCGACACGGGCAGCCCCACGGCCUGCAGGUGAUGCACCCAGCCCUGCGCCCGGCGGCCCCUAACCCGUGCACAGCGCGUGGCUGCUCCCACCUGUGUCUGCUGAGCGCCCGGCACUCCGGGCAGUGCCGCUGCCCUACUGGGCUGACCCUGGCUGCCGAUGAGACCACCUGCCUGCCCCUCCACGAUUCAGCCUUCGCCCUCCUGGUGUCACCGGCAGCCGUGACGCAGGUCUACCUGAAGGACCUUCCCACAAAGGCUACAUCCCAAGGCCUCCCUCCGCACCGGGGGCCCUGCCCCUGGCCAAGGUGGGACGCCUGACUGCCGUUGACUACGCGGUGAAGGACAAGAGCCUGUAUUUCGCAGAGGUGGGGGGCGGCUCCAUCGGGCUGCUGCGCCUGAAGGACUCGGGCCGGCUCUCCUGGAAGCAGGCGGUGGCUGUGGAGGCACGGUGUCCUCCCUGGCCCUGGACUGGCUGAGCGGAAACCUGUACUGGAUCGGGGGGCAGCCAGCCAGCAUCCACGUGGCUGCACCCGGCGGGCGUUGGGCCCUGGUGGCUGCUCAGCGAGGGGCUGCAGGGGGCUGCCUGGCUGGCGCUCUGCCCCCGCGCGUCCACCAUGUGCUUUUGUCACCGCGGCGGGGAGGCGGGGGCCUGGCGCCACGGUGGAGUGCGCGGCCAUGGACGGCACCGGCCGCAGAGCGCUCUGGAGGAGAGCCCGGUCUCCUGCUGGCCUUGCCUUUGGGGGUGCUGGCACCAGGCUGUACUGGGCAGACCGGGAGAGGGGUGCGAUCGGCAGCAUUGAGCUGGAUGGCUCCCACUUCCGUCUGGUGCGGGAAGGGCUGCAUGGCCUCUCGCUCUUUGCCAUCGGAGACGGCUUUCUGCUCUGGACCACAGCCUCGACUAACGGCUCCAGCAAGGUCUGGCACAGCCGACUGGAGCAGGCUAAGAGCUGGUGGUUCCCGAUGGAGCAGGAGCUGGUAGCCUUGAGGAUUUACAGCCAGGUCUCGCAAGAAGGCACCCACGGCUGUGCGAAGAGCAACGGGGGCUGCAGCCAGCUCUGCCUGCCCAACCCCACGGGACGGCAGUGCCGCUGUUCCCUCGGGUACCGCCUGGUGCACGAGGUGACCUGCGUGCUGGCCCCACCGUGCCCGGCCCCGCUGCGGGCUUGUGCUGACCUCCAGCAGCUGCAUCUCCAGAGAGCAGGUCUGCGACGGGCACCCCAACUGUGCUGAUGGCUCCGAUGAGUCGGUGCUGCCCCUCUGUGGAGCCGAAGACACAGGUUCACGUGGUGGUGGCACCAUCAGGUAUCUCCCACGCGGAAGAGGAGAAACCAGCCGUGCCCUCAGCUGCACCUGUGCCUCAGCAGCCUGUCCCCAGCCUGCCUGCAGCCCCCGGCCCUCGGGAGCAUGAAGAACCCUUCCUGGUAACACCCCAACACCGAGGAGGUGCUGGGGGCCGUGCCGUGCAGCAGCGAGACGUGUAACCUGCGCGGGGACUAGCGCCAUCGAGGCUGGGCGGGUGACGUGUCACUGCGCCCUGGGCUACCGCGGGGACUACUGCGAGGAGGCCGAGGUGCAGCCGGUGGCAGGACCCAUCGCCCUGGGGGUGGCCGUGCUCCUGCUGCUGGCUGCGGCUGCUGUGGGGGCCCUGGCCUACAUGCGGAGGCAGGACAGGCGGAGGAGGACCUCGAGCACCGCUUCCACCCGGGUGCUGACUCUGUACCACCGUGAAAGUGACCCCGAGGAAGAGGAUGAGGAGGAGGAAGAGCUUCCCCCCAAAAGCGAUACCUUUGUGAACGAAGCUUAUGACGGGAAAGAGGAGCUGCCAGCCGCACUUAGGAAGGGACCGCCCUCGCCCUGAUCCUGUAUUUCCAUAAAGGAACAUCGUGCAGCA